AGAGGGGCUCUAUCUUAGAAGGGAACUUAGAGGCACCGCGUGGCACGCCGUGCCACAAUCCACGAUUGCCAUGGUGUAGUGAGUCAUAGGCAAGCGUAAGCUGGCAUAGGAUAUCAGCAAUAAAAAUUUAAUAAAUUUAUUUCGUAAAAUACAUAAAAAAUAAAAAAUGUCUUGCUGCAUUUGCAAAUCGCAUUCCGACUCUCAUGAAGAUAUUACAUUUCAUACCAUUCCACGAUCAGAAGAAUUGAGAGCAAAGUGGAUUGCUGUAAUCGGAAGAAAUGUUCCUAAUUACAGCAAAGUGUGCAGUGAUCAUUUUAAACCAAAUUUUUUUCAAUAUAAAAUCAAUCGAAAGCUUAAUAAGAUUCAAAGACAUUUAAUAGAAGGAGCGAUUCCUACAGAAAAAUUCCAGGAGUUCCAGGAUUUACACGGUGCAAGUACCACGAGAAGUAGAAUAUACCACCUAGAAGUAGAAUAUUUAUUGCACAAAAUAGCAAUUCAGCAGUCCAAACACCCCAAAGUAAUUAAAGAUGUUUUAUCUCCUGUGCCUCUAUAUAAUGCGGACAAUAGUCAGAACGAUUCAACAAGAAAAAGAAAACGAUCUGCAGACGAAGCCAUCACAUGCAAUAAGGUACGAACGGUCAAAUUUAUUGGAGAUCUUUGCCCUGAAGAUCUUACUUCGCCCGAAUGCUAUGAAGUGGUUAAGAAAUAUCUGAAAAAACACAAUAUCCGAGUAAAUAGUCUCCAAAAGCAAGUUGGUCGACUAAUAAGAGUCGAAAGCCUUAAAGAUGUGCUGACACAGUUACACGACAACCCAGAUAGACAUAUGUCAGCAUAUUGCCUGUAUAAUGGCAAAAUUUUAAAAUUGAAAAUGCUUGCAUAAACAUUGAAAGAUGCGUCCUCAUAUGACAUGAGUGUUAUCAGCAAGUGAAAGAGAUCUUCUGAUGCUGUAAAAAUUGCGACAAUAUGCUGCUUUUGCCAGAAAUAGAACGCAAUUAAUCCGACAUUAUUGGAGCAAUAAGAAAUGAAUAUAUUUACAAAAUUUUUCAUUAAGGUAAAUAGCUAUAACUUCGUCAGCGGAUAUAAUUUCGUCAAGCCUUCUUAAAAUUAAAUAAAUUAAGCAAUCUCGCGUAUAUCGACUAUAUUUUCCGAUUUGAAACCGAUGUUCAAAUUGUUUCAUAGAAGGUCAUCAACAAACUUUUGACAACUCCAAGUAAAGACGUAAUUAAAAUUUGCGCUUGUGCAGAACGGAUAAUAAGGAAUGAACCAAACCUUCUGAAGAUGAAUAAUGUUAUUGUCCGACUAAGUUAUAGAACAAAGUUGUACCUUCUCACAAACUUAUUUAACAGUCUCGAAACAGGUAUGUUUCCACUAGAUGUCGAAUCAAAUCAUAAAUUCAAUUUAAUCAUCCAAAUUAUAAAAAAAUUCCUAAAAUUAAUUCAUCAUGAAUCGAAAUCACUUAAAGAUAAAAUUGUUCGAUUGAGAUCAUUUUGUAAUCGAUUGGUUAUAUUCAAAAACCAAUAGAUAUAAGAUAUGAUUAAUAAAAGU